AUGGAGGUACGUAGUCGUCGCAAAGCAAGAAUGGAUCGUGAUGGCUCCUCUGAACGAGGCCGAGAUGGCAAGAGCGGUCCUCAACGAAAUGGAUCAUCUGCCAUUAAAAAGUUAUUCUUCGUUUUUUUUGUUGUAUUUGGAAUCGGAGCACUUGGAUAUUCUUUAUCAGUAUUACGGCCUGUUGCGAUGGACGACAUCCCAAUUUUUCAAGCUGAUAUCAAAAUCAACCAAGUACUGGAACAAGGAGAGAGAAUUAUUGUCGGGCAAGUUGGCCCUGAAUCCAUGGCAAUUGAUAAAAAUGGAAAUAUAUAUACUGGUCUACGGGAUGGCAGAAUUAUCAAAAUUCAUCCGAGUGCGACAGGUGAACUAGGUGUCGGAUUGGUUGAAGAUUUUAGAAAUGGACCAAUACCGGGUGUGGAACCUAUUGAUGGACAUGUAAUACCCCGCCCACUUGGACUCCGCCUACGUGGAGAUAUUUUGUAUGUUGUAGAUGCCUAUUACGGUAUUUAUACUCUGAAUAUGAAAACAAAAGAAGUGCGCCCCCUAGUGAAACCAGACGAUGUGGAACCAAGCAUGAAAUUUCCAAACGAUUUAGAUAUUUCGAAAGAUGGGAAAUACAUUUAUUUCACAGAUACGAGCUCGAAGUGGAAUCUGGGUCUUUUCUAUUAUGAUGUCCUGGAGGGAGAAUGCUUGGGGCGUUUAUUCCGACUAACGGUCAAAACUGGUGAAAUCAAACUCCUUGCUUCGAAGCUCUGCUUUGCAAAUGGGGUGCAACUUUCAAACGAUGAGAGCAGGGUCGCUGUUUCUGAAACCACUCGAUUCCGAGUCCUUUUCCUCGACACCAAAACUGGAAAAGUUGAAAAAGUUACGGACGUACCCAGCAUGCCAGAUAAUAUCCGUCGUAGCCAAAAAGGGGGUUUUUGGGUCGCAUUACCAAUUGGUCGAUCACAUUUCGUAGAUUUUCUUUGGAAAUACUCGAUUUUACGUCGAGUUUUUACUGGUUUGGUGCCUUAUUCAUUGUAUCCACGUUUUGCAAGUGAUAAAUAUGGAUUGGCGGUUGAAUUGGACGCUAAGGGUAACAUUGUUUCGUACGUUCAUGACAUCACAGGGAAAACAUCGAAAACUGUCUCUGAAUUAAUGGAGACAAAAGAUGGCGCUCUGUUUGCUGGUUCUUAUAAGGAGCCAUAUAUGGUGAAAGUUGAAAAGAGAUAA